CGAUGUACCCCCCCCCCACCCCCGCCCGGUAAGACGGGGACCGGCUCUUUAGGACGGGAAGCCCAGAGUUAAACCUGAAGUUAUCGCGACAACCUUUGAAUCACAUUUCGGAAGCAGUCACGUGGCUGCGGCUGUGUGGCUGCCGGUUGUCACGGCAACGUCGCUGUCCGAGCGAAGCGCAUGUCAAAUGGCGGAAGUGAUUCAGGCUGUUUGACUCGAUUACUCGAGCAACAGGCUCCAGCCAACUAGCCAGCCGGAUGUUGUCGGACACCAAUGCGAGUUACCCCGAGCACAGUUAGCCAACGGUGCUAGUUCGGGCGCUAACUUAGUUCGUUCGUCGCCGACUGGCCCGUCGUUAGCCCCAAAGUAGCAUGUCGAGUAAAAACCUCCCGCCGCUGAGCCACCUGCCGCACUGGACCCGCGUCGGGCGUCUCGGGAAACCUCGCUCUCCGCCCCGGCGGUCACCUGCGCACCACCUCCACCACCAGCACCAGCACCACCACCUGCACCACCAGCACCUGCACCACCUGCAGCCGCUGCCCGUCGUGCCGCCGGCGGGCAGCAGAGCGGCCGCGCAGCCCCGUCACGGCGACGCGCCGGACCCCCGCGUCGCAUCGCUGCAGGGCAACAUCCAGUUCCUGCAGCAGCAGCACAAGGAAACUCUGGAGAGGCUCCACGCCGAGGUCGAGCGCCUCCGACGGGAGAAUAAAGAGUUGCAGUACAGGAUGAUAAUGGAGCCUCCAAAGUCCAAUAGAAAAGGGCCGACGCACGGUCAACGAGGCGUUAGACCGCCCACUCAGGGAAGGGAAGCUCACACGGAACUCUACCUGGAGGAGCUGCUGCAGGACACGCGACCCUCACAAGAACAGGCACUCAGCGUUGGAGACGGUAGCGAAAUUCUGGGCUCCACCGGGCAGGACCAUGGCCCAGAGGUGAAGGGGGGCCUCAUCACUUCACUACAGCCUCUUCGGAUUCACACCUGCCCCUCGCAGUCACCGCGCGCUCCCACGCUGCAGGAGUGUGAGGUCAUCAUCCGGCAGCUCUACAAUGCCAACAGUAUACAGUCCCGGGAAAUUAUGCGUGUGAAGGCUUUGCUGAGGGAUAUUGUUCUGAGCAAGAAAAUCUCCCCAGAAAACCACAUUCUGACCAAGGCCUACCUCAUCGAUGGUACUCGCAAACCUUCUGAAGAGAAUAAAUUUCCAAAACUUGGUCUUCAAACAUAUCCGGAAAACACGUCUGGACCGUCUCACUCUGGCGUGGUCCUCCCGGCCCUCAAGCAGAGCCUCAGCCCAACCAUUGCGGACAGACAGAGGAGAGCCCGUGCCGUGCAGAGAGACCGCUUGAGAAGGACCGUGCAUUGACGAGAUCAAAAACCAACCUCAGGGUCAGCUACGAUCGCCACACGACUGGGAUAUUCUCGAUUGUUUUAAAAAUACAAUUAAAAACCGUAGCCACUAAAACGUAAUGCACUCUAAUUAAUUAAUUCUCAGUAAUCAAUAUACAUCGGAAGUACAUCAAUGGGUACAGAAAUGUUCUCAUAAAGGACAGGUACUAUAAAAAUGUAGAGGAAAACAAAGUCCAACGCUGCACACGAGGAAAUAAGGUCUCAAAGCUAGCUUCGUACCGGAAAUCAUAAAUUUAUUUAUUUAUUAAUUUUCACCAAACAUUGCAUUAUAGGACAUUUGAACUAUUCAACAACAACAACCCAUUUGACUAGAAUGACUUGCUCAUUUUAACUUUGCCAGAUGUUUAUAAAUCUAAGUUCUGCUUUCACUGCACUUUAGUUGUAAAUCUGCCAAAAUGGUGGGCAGGUUUGUUUUAUUCCAUAUAACAACCAAAGUAAAUCCUCUCAAAGCAUGUGCAAAUAAAUCAGACAAGACAAUAGCAGGCUUUUUUCUCAGGCAUUUUUGUAUUGGUCAACACAUUGGUCAACACGUGUGUGUGUAUCAGUGUCAAGUAUUACCAGUCAUGCACCUGCAGUUUACCUGAGCAGGAUUAGCACAAAACUCUUAAUAAACUGUAUUCACACAAAA